AUGGCUUCGGCGCACGCGCUCAAGCUCUCGCCCUCGUCCGGCUCCACGUCGACGCACCACGCCUCGCCGUCGCCCACGGGCGCGCACCGCGCGACCGCGGGCGCGGGCGGGAGCGGAGGGAAGAAGAUAAGCCAGAAUGAGUUCACGGCGCGCGCGUGGGACGCGAUCGUGCGGGCGCCGGAGGUGGCGAAACAGAGCAAACAACAAAUCGUGGAGACGGAGCACGUGUGCGAGGCGCUGUGCUCGCAAAAGGACGCGUUCGCGAUGCGGAUAUUCGCCCAAGCGGGAGUGAAGGAUUUGAAAUUAGUGAUAUCGAGAACGCGUGAUUUCAUCGCGGGGCAGCCGCAGGUGAGCGGGGCGGCGCAACAGGUGCUGGGGAGGUUUUUGGAGUCGCUCGUGGACGACGCGCGGACGAUUUCGAGCGGCAUGUCGGACGAGUUCGUGGCGGUGGAACAUUUGGUGCUCGCGCUGGCGCGAGACGAGAGAUUUGGGAAAGGAUUGAUGGCGGAUUUGGGGAUCACGUACGCGAAUCUCGAGGCCGCGGUGAUCACGCUGCGUCGGGGAGAGAACGUGACGGAUCAAGACGCCGAGGAUAAGUACGAGGCGCUGAAAAAGUACUCGCGGGAUUUGACGGAGGAGGCUCGGGCGGGGAAGUUGGAUCCCGUCAUCGGCCGAGACGAUGAAAUUCGUCGCACGAUUCAAAUCUUAAGUCGUCGCUCGAAGAAUAAUCCGGUGUUGAUCGGAGAACCCGGGGUAGGGAAGACGGCGGUGGCGGAGGGACUGGCGCAACGCGUCGUUCGAGGCGACGUCCCGACGUCUCUCCAAGACGUGAAAAUCAUGUCAUUGGACAUGGGUUUGCUCAUCGCCGGCGCAAAGUUUCGAGGGGAGUUUGAAGAUAGGCUAAAGGCGGUGAUGAAGGAAGUUUCCGACUCCAUGGGGAAAAUUAUCCUUUUCAUCGACGAGAUUCACACCGUCGUCGGCGCCGGAGGCGGAGGCGGCGGGGGCAACGGCAUGGACGCGGGUAACUUGCUCAAACCCAUGCUCGGGCGAGGUGAGCUGCGAUGCAUCGGAGCAACGACGUUGGAUGAGUAUCGCACGUACAUCGAGAAAGAUCCCGCGCUCGAACGUCGAUUCCAACAAGUUAUAAUCGCGCAGCCGACGGUGGAGGACACGAUCAGUAUCUUGCGAGGUUUACGCGAACGCUACGAGCUUCAUCACGGGGUCUCGAUCUCUGAUUCUGCCUUGGUCGAAGCGGCGACGCUCAGCGACCGAUACAUCGCCGAUCGCUUCUUGCCGGACAAGGCGAUCGAUCUCGUAGAUGAGUCCGCAGCCAAGCUCAAGAUGGAAAUCACGUCGAAACCGACGGUUUUGGAUGAAAUCGAUCGCGAGAUUUUGAAACUUCAAAUGGAGAAGAUAUCGUUGUCGCGACCAGGCGCUUCGCGAGACGCGCGCUCGAUCCAAUCCAAAGUUGAGAAGCUCGACAGCGAUCUGAAGGCGCUCACCGAAAAGCAGUCGGUGCUCAACGAUCAAUGGCAAGGUGAACAAAACAAGUUGAAGGCGAUUCAGACUUUGAAGGAAGAAAUUGAUUCGGUUACGAACAGCAUUCAGCGCGCCGAGCGUGAGUAUGACUUGAAUAAAGCGGCUGAGUUGAAGUACGGUACGCUCAUGACGUUGCAGCGAAGACUAAACGAGGCAGAGGAAGUGCUCGAGCUCGCUACUUCGGAGGGACCGACUCUUUUGCGCGACGAAGUCACCGAGGCCGACAUCGCGGACGUCAUCUCCAAGUGGACCGGUAUUCCCGUCGCCAAGCUCCAGCAAGGCGAGCGGGAAAAACUUCUUGAUUUACCCGCCGAACUUCACAAGCGAGUCGUCGGCCAAGAUGAAGCCGUGCAGUCUGUGUGCGAGGCUAUUCAGCGCUCUCGCGCGGGUCUCUCUGACCCGAACCGCCCGAUUGCGAGUUUCAUGUUCCUCGGCCCCACGGGCGUGGGUAAAACGGAGCUGUGCAAAACAUUGGCAAACUUUUUGUUCAACACCGAGGAAGCGAUGAUUCGCAUCGAUAUGAGCGAGUAUAUGGAAAAACACUCUGUGAGUCGCUUGAUUGGCGCUCCGCCCGGGUACGUCGGUUUCGAGGAAGGCGGUCAACUCACCGAGGCGGUACGACACCGUCCGUAUUCUGUCGUACUUUUCGACGAGAUGGAAAAAGCACACGGUGAUGUUUUCAACGUAUUGCUUCAGAUUUUGGACGAUGGUCGCGUCACCGAUUCGCAAGGGCGUUUGAUCAACUUCAAAAACACUAUUCUCAUCAUGACGUCAAACAUCGGUAGUCAAUAUGUGCUCGACACCAACGAAGCUUCGAAAGAAACUAGACGCGAGCGUGUGAUGGAUGCUGUGCGUGGACACUUCCGACCGGAGUUCAUCAACCGUGUGGACGAGUGGAUCGUCUUUGAUCCGCUUGCGAAGGAUCAAGUCACCGCCAUCGUUCGACAACAAGUCGAACGCGUCACCUCCCGUCUCGCUGAUCGUAAGAUUGGACUCCGAGUCUCCGACGAAGCCGUUGCGUUACUCUCCGACACCGGCUACGACCCCGCAUUCGGCGCUCGUCCCGUGAAGCGCGCGGUGCAGAGCUUAUUAGAAACCGCCGUAGCCCAAGCCAUCCUUCGAGGCGACGUCAACGAGGAUCAAACCGCCGUCGUCGACGUCGACCCGUCGUCCACGGGGAAGCUUGUCGUCACCGCAAAAGAUUCUCCCAAGUCUGCAAACGUCAUCGCAUGA